AUUGAUCUUGCAUUACAGCAAUAGCUAGCAGCAAUGUUGGAGGAGGUUCUCCUAAGGAAAACAAUCUCUCAACUCAAUGAAACUUUCAAGAGUGGAAGAACAAGGACCUUAGCUUGGAGGAAGGCUCAACUUCAAGCAAUUCUCAGGCUCAUAGAGGAAAAUGAGGACACAAUCUUCAAAUCUCUCCUCCAGGAUCUUGGCAAACAUCCUGUUGAAUCUUAUCGUGACGAAAUUGGUGUUGUGAGUAAAGCAGCCAAAUAUGCCUUGACUCACCUUAAGACAUGGAUGGUUCCAAAGAAGGGACAUAUACCUUUGGUUUUCUUCCCUGCAAAAGGAGAAAUUAUACCAGAACCUUUUGGCAAAGUUCUCAUUUUUGGAUCAUGGAACUUCCCUAUAUCUUUGACUUUGGAUCCAUUGAUUGGAGCUAUAUCUGCAGGAAAUACAGUUGUUUUAAAGCCUUCAGAACAAUCCCCAGCCUGUUCUUCUUUCCUUGCUGAAACUAUACCUCUUUACUUGGAUCAUAGUGCUGUAAAAGUCAUUGAAGGUGGAUCCGAUGUGGCAGAUCAGCUACUCCAGCAGAAAUGGGACAAGAUUUUCUUCACUGGAAGUGCUCGAGUGGGAAGAAUUGUUAUGUCUGCAGCUGCAAAGAAUUUAACACCGGUUACACUUGAGCUUGGUGGAAAAUGCCCAAUAAUUCUCGACUCCUUGUCUAAAUUUGAUACUGAGGUGGCUGUCAAGAGAAUAGUUGGAGGUAAAUGGGGUCCAUGCGGUGGACAGACAUGUAUAGCCAUUGAUUAUGUUCUUGUUGAGCAUAAAUAUGCAACUGCUUUAAUUGAAGAUUUGAAGAAGACUAUACGCAAAUUUUAUGGUGAAGAUAUGAAGAAUGACAUCGCGAAGAUAGUUAACAAAUACCAUUUUGAGCGACUGAAAAAACUUAUUCAACAUCCCACAGUCGCCUCUUCUAUUGUUUAUGGUGGUUCCAUUGACGAAAUCAAUAUGAGUAUUGAACCUACAAUAUUGCUGAAUCCUCCACUUGAUGCUGAGAUUAUGACUGAUGAGAUAUUUGGUCCAUUCCUUCCCAUAAUCACGUUGGAUAAUAUUCAUGAUAGCAUCGAGUUUGUUAGCUCGAGGCCAAAACCACUAGCUAUAUACGCUUUCACCAAGAAUGAGGCAUUGAAGAAAAGUAUUCUGACUGAAACAUCCUCAGGAAGUGUGACUUUCAAUGACAUUCUAGUCCAAUUCUUGUGUGAUGGGCUGCCUUUUGGAGGGGUGGGGCAAUCGGGAUUUGGGAGAUACCAUGGAAAGUUUGCGUUCGAUACGUUUAGCCAUGAGAAGGCAGUGCUCCACAGAAGCUUCUUGUUAGAACUGGAACCGAGGUAUCCUCCAUGGAAUGACUUUAAGUUGGAGUUCAUCAGACUGGCUUAUUGCUUGGACUAUAUUGGACUUGCCCUUCUCAUGCUGGGCUUGAAAAGAAGAUUCAAAUCAACCAGCCAUUUAAAUUAAAUAAAUUAUUCAAUAUGUUACUAUUUAUGUAUAUGUUUUUCAAAUUCCACUUUCACAUGUUCAUUGAUGUAUGCCUUUGACUCCACCUCUAAAACAUGCCUCUUUAAUAUUAAGGGCUUGCUUGUUUAGUAAAUCGAAAUUUUAAUUAUCAUUGUGAUUAAUGCAUAUGUUUUUAUCAUA